CCUCGGUCCAGCGAGCGAGCUCUUCCCAAACUUUUCGUGCCAGGGCUUCCUGAAGCUUCUGUUCUGUAUGUAGCUGAAGGGCGACAGAAGGGAAAAACACACCAAUGGAGGACGAGUGAAAUAAUGAGAAAUAAACCAUGGUGCUGGUGACCGAGCAGGCGGACGGAGCCCUCAUCACACCGUUAUCCUUACAGGAGCAACUUUUCAACAAGGACUCCCGAGGGACACGGCCGGCAUCUGAGGGGGAGAAUGGCGGGGAGAGGAGACAGGGCAGGAAAGGAGACUCACCUGCAGGCCUCCAGCUGUGUCUGGAUGGGGAUUCAGAGUCCAACGAGAGCCGGAGGAAAGCAGCUGGCAUGAGAUUAAAACCAGUGGAGCAACUUUCACCGAUGCAGACUCCAAGCGACAGUGAGGCAAAGCUUGAACGAAAGAAAUCCCAGCCCAGUCACCUGUCAAAGACCAACGCCCAGUAUCACAAGUUAUUUAAAGACGUCAGCAAAGAUGAGCCGCUCAAACAGAGUUACACAUGUGCCCUGCAGAGAGAUAUUUUAUAUCAGGGGAAAAUGUUCGUCUCUGAUAACUGGAUCUGUUUCCACUCUAAAGUCUUUGGCAGAGACACUAAGAUUUCAAUCCCAGUGGUGUCUGUGACAUUCAUCAAAAAGACUAAAACUGCUUUAUUAGUGCCAAACGCGCUUGUGAUUGAAACUACAAGUUAUCAGCAUGUAUUUGUGUCCUUCCUCUCUCGAAACACCACCUACAAACUCCUGAGGUCCAUCUGCAUUCAUUUGGAGGUGGACAAGCCUUGUGGCAGCCCCACUAACUCCUCAUGUGAGAACAGCUUCAGGGUGGAUUGUCCGUCGACGCUUCCUCUGGACUUUUCUGGAGACUUCUCCGACCUGGAUGGAGUCGUUCAGCAGAGACGGCAGGAGAUGAUGGAGAGCAGCAGUUCUGGCUCUCAGACCCCAGAUUAUGAUAAAAUAACAGACUUUCCCGACACAUUUCUGAGUGCAGUGAAGAGCGGAGAGGUUUCAGUCCAUGCAGACAUCCACCUUCAGUCCCCGAGCCAAAUACAUGGAGCUGCCCUCAGUAAUGGGUCUCCUAAAGCGGCACCCAAAGACAAAUCCUCCCAGCCCAUGUCAUUACACACCAUCCUCCUCAUCUAUUUGUUUUUGGUCGGUGUCCUUGUCCUGUCCUCCUGUUACAUGGCCUUUAAGAUCGUGGCUCUGGAGCAUCGUUUAAACUCUCUGGUGUCCAUGGGGGAGCACGUUCGUAAUGAUAAUGCUGUGAGCCAAAGGUCGCAGAAUGAAAUGAACGCUGAGAUCUAUGGAGAGCUGUCCAACAACCUGUUCAGACUAGAAAAGAUUCAAAGAAACCUCCGGAAGCUACUUGAAGAGACUUAAAAGACGUGAUGCAGGAGAAGCUUUACUCUUACUUUGUAGCAUUGUAGAGUCAAUCUCUCACUGAGGUUUUGAUUUAUUGAUUUGUUGCCAAAGUGCAGAUGUCUUAUCAGAAAAGCUUUUUUUAAAUUGUAAACUUUAACUUAAAUUGUGCAAUAAUAGCCUCUGUCUUCUUCCUCUCAGGAUUGUAGCAGCCUGUUAGUGUGUUUGUUUGUGUAGAGAAAUUGUGUAAUAUUUAUCUAAGAGCUUGUAUGUUGCAUUUCACAAUAGUGGGAUUUUUAAGGUCCAAAGGGUUUCAUUUCAAUGUUCCCAAACAUUUCUAAAAGGUCAACUUUGCUGGUAAAUGUUUUGUUGUAGAUUACAUUGCCAAUAUUUAUGAACCAAUCAUUGAGGGAUGGUUGUAAAAUGUGUGGAUGGUGUGCUAUUUAAGAAUAGAUAUGGAGCUGUGAGCAUUGAGGUUUAAAUGUGCUGAAUAGGUGUUAUUUUUACUGUAAAUGUCUGAUCUGAUUUAUUCAUUUCAAUACAGAUGAGCUUCUAAAGGAUUAACUUUCUUUGUUUUUAACUUUCCUGUUUGCAGCCAUGUUGCUAUGGGGAGCUUUAUUGUUGACAUUAAGACCAGACAGUGACUGUUGUAGAUCUGACAUUCGUAAAAUAAAUGUCUCCUCACAGUG